AUGGCAGGUCCAGAAUCUGAUAGUCAGUAUCAGUUCACUGGUACAUUAAAAAAAAAGAAAUACUUCAAUUCAUAUACCCUUAAUGGGAGAAAGAAUUAUGUACUGGCCACUUAUGGAGGAAGUGCUUUGCUCAUACUUUACUUCAAGGCAAGGUCUAAAAAACUCCAGCAGUGAAAGCAACAUAAAUG